GGUUCCGGGCGGGUUUCUGGUGCUGCCUUGGUCCAGUGGCAGCACUAAUUCAGACCCGGGUUCUGGAGCGGAGCUGGAAGGCCGAGCGCUGCUGCGCUGUGGAGCCGUGCUGGGACUCAGUGUAAUCUGUGUGACGGUGCUGAGACAUUGGAUUGCAGGUGGAGUGUGUCGCUGCUCAGUACGCCUGGAUGGGAAGACAGUUCUGAUCACUGGGGCCAACACCGGCAUCGGCAAAGAGACCAGCAGGAACCUGGCACACAGAGGGGCUCGGGUGGUGAUGGCCUGCAGGGACCUAAUCCGGGCAGAGCGAGCAGCAGAGGAAAUUCGGCAAUCAACAGGAAAUGGGAAUGUUGUCAUCAGACACUUGGAUCUAGCCUCACUCUACUCCGUCCGCCAGUUUGCCAAAGACUUCUUGGACAGCGAAGACAGACUGGACAUCCUAAUUAACAACGCAGGUGUGAUGAUGUGUCCAAAGUGGGUAACAGAAGAUGGUUUUGAGACUCAGAUGGCUGUCAAUCAUCUGGGCCACUUCUUACUGACCAAUCUGCUGCUUCCAAAGCUGAAGAACUCAGCUCCCAGCCGCGUGGUCACCGUGUCCUCUGUCGCUCAUCGGGGAGGACAGAUUAAGUUUGAUGAUCUCUUCUUCAGUCGGAGGCCAUACAGUGCUCUUGCUAGCUACAGGCAGAGCAAGCUAGCUAAUGUGCUAUUCUCCAGAGAGCUGGCCCGCCGGGUCAAAGGAUCUGGUGUGUCAUCCUUCUGCCUGCAUCCUGGGGUGAUCCGCACUGAGCUGAGCCGCCAUGUUGAGGGCUGGUUUCCCCUGCUGGGUGUGCUGCUGAGCCUCCCUGCCCUGCUCCUCAUGAAGACACCCAGCCAAGGCUGCCAGACCACCGUGUACUGUGCUGUGACACCAGGCCUGGAGGAACAAUCAGGAUGCUACUUCAGUGACUGUGCGGUGAAGGAGGCGGGUCCAGCGGGCCAGGAUGACGCGGCAGCCAGGAAGCUGUGGAAGGAGAGCGCGCGACUGGUCGGAUUAAAGGACACUUGAUGACCUUUGACCUCAGCCCUGAUGUACACCUGGUAACAGGAAGUGACAGAGACUGAACACUUGCAUCACGUCCUGAAGACUGUGGACAGAAACCAUCACUCAGUUUAUUACUGCUGCACAUCAUAGUUAUUUGGCCACUGAAUCUCUCAACACUUUAAGAAAAAAA